AAACAAUAAAUGAAGAAAGAAAAAAGAGAAAAAAAGAAGAGAAGAAAAUAAAGAGUGGAAAAAAAAAGCAAGAAAUAGGUUGACCGUUAUCGAUAGUAUCUUUUGAACGGUUCGGAAGGGCACAUUUUUCUCAAUCGAGUCUCCGAUCGUAAAGAGACUCAGAAGAAGAGAACCGUUCACCGGUGUGCAAAAGGGAGUUCUCUCGGCUCGUGCUUCGCUUUCAAGCACGGUACAUUCUUUCCACGGCCGUUGCUACACACACACACACACACACACACAUAUGUAUACACAUACAUACAUAUAUACAACAUAGAUGCACGUAGCCGCACUUAUAAGCACGUAUAAGCAGAAAUCGCAAGUAUACAUAUAUAUGUAUGUGUGUGUGUAUGUUGUGUAGUAUGUAUCUAUAUCUAUACCUCCGUUCAAAUACAAUCUCUCUCUCGUCCGGUUGAAGUUCGUGGCGCGUCCACAACGAGGCGCCAGGGCGCAUGUUCAGUAAAGAAAUGACUAUCGUUGUACGUUGAAAGAACGACAGUCGCGCGCCGACCACGCAUGGAUGCGGUGUGUCGGGUGUUACGUUAGAUGAAUUUAUCUUUUCUAUAUAUAUAUAUUUCUUUUUUCUCUCUCUCUCUCUCUGUCCACGCAAAUUUUCUACUAUAACAUAUUUCUAUAUUUAUCGGAAUAUCUACGACUAAUUCGAAGUUACUAUCACACUAUAUAUAUAUGUAUAUAUAUAUAUAUAUGUACAAGUCUAUCAUAAUUCUUCGAAGUAAAAUCGUGUAACGUAGCAUAUCGGUGAUAUGGUGGUUGUGUGUUCGUAGUGUGGCAAAAUUCUUUUAUCGAAUUAGCGGACGAUAAGUGUGAGAAAAAGAAGAAAGAUUUAAUUAAAAGGAGAGGGGGAAGUCAUUCGAUGUUCGAAAUUACAUUGGAGAAAUUUCAUUGGAAUGACCAAUCAAUCGACGAAUGAAAAAGGAAGGAAUUCGAAGAAAAUAAAAGAAAAGAAAAGAAAUGAAAAAAAGAAAAGAAUAUAUAAUAGGAAAGGAUUAAUAAUGAAUGUAUAAAAAAAAAAAGAAAAAAAAAAAGAAAAAAAAGAGGAAAAAGAAGGGAAUAAGAGAGAACGAUGAUCGUUAGUAAAGUUUUCUUUCUUCCCUUUUUUUCUUUUUUCUUUUUACAUCGGUAUAUCGCGAUUGGUUUCAAUGACAGGGUGAUGACGAUUUUCGUUCGUGAAAAUUCGUAAUUAUUCGUGAAAAUUCGAGAGAUUUCGGAUUUUCUUCGGGAAACGUGUGUGUAUCGUACGAAGUUAGGUGAGAAUAAGAAUAAGAAGGGAAAGAAAAAGAAGAAGAAGAAGAAUAAGGAAGAGGAGGAGUAAGAGGAGGAGACGUAGGUGGAGUAGGAGGAUAAGGACAUAUAAAGGCAAGUUCGUUCUGGCGCUAUAGGAAUGAUUUUCACCGGAAGGUCGGUCGACGCUCUCGACGAGGUACGCGGUAGCAGCGGCGUCGUCGUCCAGAGCGACGAGCGUCGCGACGUUAAAGCCGUCGCUAUAGCAGCCGGUUGGUUCUCCAGUUUGCGCAGACCCGGCAAGAGGAACAAGAGAUCCUGCCAAAAACAGGCCAAAAGUGCUUGGGACCUUACCACCUUAUCUACGCAAUUGAAAGAUGAACUUGGUGAGGUCGUGGCAGAGAUGGAGGCGAUGGAGGGCGGAGGCCUCGUCGCGAACGAGACGAAACCGACGAACAAGGCAAAGCAGACGUCGAUCGGACGGAAGAAAUUCAACAUGGACCCGAAAAAGGGCAUUGAGUACCUGAUCGAGCACAACCUGUUGGCACCAACGCCAGAGGAUGUUGCACAGUUCCUUUACAAGGGGGAGGGCCUUAACAAGACAGCGAUUGGCGAUUAUCUUGGAGAACGUCACGAUUUUAACGAGCGCGUAUUACGUGCCUUCGUCGAGCUCCAUGAUUUUACCGAUCUUAUAUUGGUACAGGCAUUGAGACAAUUCUUAUGGUCCUUUCGUUUGCCCGGCGAGGCACAGAAAAUAGAUCGGAUGAUGGAGUGUUUCGCACAGAGAUACUGUCAGCUAAAUCCAAAUAUAUUCACCAACACCGACACCUGUUAUGUUCUCAGUUUCGCCAUUAUAAUGCUUAACACGUCCCUACAUAAUCCAAGCGUCAAGGACAAGCCCAGCGUAGAACAGUUUAUAUCUAUGAAUCGUGGUAUCAACAAUGGCGGCGACCUUCCACGAGAAUUACUCGUGAGUCUUUACGAAAGUAUAAAAACGGAACCAUUCAAGAUCCCGGAAGACGAUGGCAACGAUUUGAUGCACACCUUCUUUAACCCCGAUAAGGAAGGCUGGCUUUGGAAGCAAGCAGGUGGACGUUACAAAAGCUGGAAAAGACGGUGGUUCAUUCUAAACGACAAUUGCCUAUAUUAUUUUGAAUAUACGACGGACAAGGAACCGCGUGGUAUCAUUCCGUUAGAAAACAUACAAGUUAGAGAAGUACAAGAUCGACACAAGCCGCAUUGCUUUGAACUUUAUGCAGCUGGAUCAGAAUUUAUCAAAGCAUGUAAAACUGAUAGCGAAGGAAAGGUCGUUGAAGGAAAGCAUACAGUGUACAGAAUGUCUGCAGCAACAGACGAGGAGAAAGAUGAAUGGAUCAAAUGCGUUCGGCAAAGUAUAUCACACAAUCCAUUUUAUGAUAUGCUAGCAGCAAGAAAGAAAAAAGCACAAAAGACAAAUGUCUAUUCGAAGAGUUAAAUAAUAACUAGAGAGUAGAGUUUCGAAAGUAACUCAAUUGACAUGAAAGACUGUAUUUAGAUCUCAAAGUUUACUUUGAAGAUCUUAGAACACGAUCAGAAUAAGAUCUGAUCAUUUUAGAAGCAUCAACAGGGAUGCAUCAUUAUUGAUAAAAGAUAAAGAGACAAGAUACCGAUACAUACAUAUAUAGAUAUAUUAUAUGUAUAUAUAUAUAUAUCUGUGUGUGUGUAAAGGCACUGAUUAAAAUAAUAAAAAUAAUUCGACAUAGUUUUGAAAAUGAAAAGAUAGAGUGUCUAUCAAGAAGGAAGAAAAGAAUAAUAAUAAUAAUAAUAAUAAUAAUAAUAAUAAUAAUAAUAAUAAUCGUUUAUCUCCGAAGAUCGAUCGGUGAAUGAUUGAUGAUUUAUAAAAGAAGAAUUUUUAAUAUUCCUGAAGAGAUAGCCUAAAAUAUGCUGCUAACAAACAACAAUAAAAAUAACAGCAACAAAAACAAAUAAGAUGGUUGAAGGUAAUGAAAUAGAAAAUUGAAGAAGGAACUAUGAAUAACUUUAUUGUAUUCGUGAAUUGGAUUUUUCAAUUAUUUAAUGGAUGGGGAAGAAGAGGAUGAGAGAGAAGAGGGACAAGGAGAGGAAGAAGAAAAACUCCCAUAGAAAUUCUUCCUUAAGUUUCUUAUGGAAUUUGAUCGAAUACAAAAGUAUAAAAAGUUAUUAAUAAUAAAACUCUCCUUUACUAUUAUUUUUCAAAUCAAAAGUGGAUAAAGAGUGAAAUCUUGUCUACUUUUUUGGCAGUUUUAUAUGGAUUAUCUAAUCGAGGCUCUAAACGAAACGAUCGUUCGAAAAGAGAGAGAGAAAAAGAUAGAGAGAUGAAAAGAGAGAGGGAGAGAGAGAGAGAGAGAGAGAGGGAGAGGGAGUGGAAGGGAGAGAAAGUAAAAAAGAGAGAAAGAGAGAUAAAGAGACUAUGUGAAUGAUGUAAAAUUAUUUAUCUUGUAAAUGUCCUUCUUGUAAAAUGUAUCACAUGUGUCACAAAUGAGAAAGACCUCCAAAUGAUUUUUCAUUAGAAAAUUGUCUAUAUCAAUGAAGAUACAUACGUAUAUAUGCAUACAUAUAUGUAUAUACGUAAUACAUACGUACGUAUAACAUAAUAACAACAACAACAACAACAACAAGAACAACAAAAGCAACGUCUUUGUCGAAUUUGAAGAGAGACAAGAAGAAAAUAUAUAGAAUUAUAAGGAGCGUGUAUCAAUGUGAUAGCUGUGUAUUUAUUUGAACAAAUGUGAAUAGAUAAAACUCUAGUGGUAGGUUUAUGCGCGUUUCAAAUGAUACGUCAUGAAACUUUCCUAGAAAAAAGAAAAA